AUGAGACUCUUCGCCUUCGGCUCCAACGGAUCAGGCCAGCUAGGCAUCGGCCACGAGGAAGACGUCUCCACACCAACCCAAUGUCUCUUCGAACAGCCAGAGACCUCACAAGGAUCCCACAUAACCACCAUUGAAAACACCGACCUCACAGAUGAAUCUGAGAUCAUCACAAUCGCAGCAGGCGGAAACCACACUCUCUUCCUAACGACCAACGGCUCCAUAUACGCCUCCGGCUGCAAUGCAGACGGACGGUGCGGGCCGCACAGUGCAACCAAGAACAUAAAAGAGCACGAGUCCGACAGCAACGGAAACAUCCUGCGCUUUCGUCGAAUGAUUAUCUCAGACUCAGUCUCCAACACAGAGAUAUCAAAAUUCAAACACGUCUCCGCCACGUGGGAGGGCACGAUUGCUGUAGCUUCCGUGCCACGAAGCAGCGAUAACGUCGACCAUGGACACAUCCCCGACACAGAAGAUCGAGUCUUUGUCUUCGGCUCCUCGCCUAAAGGUGAACUGGGUCUAGGACAAAACAUCCCUGCCCCGGGAGCAUGUAUCCCCUCCUUCCCGCCACCGGAUUUGAAAAUCACAGCGCUGACGAGCGGGAUGGCUCAUUCGGCUGCUGUGCUUUCGAAUGGGGAUGUCUAUGGCUGGGGGGCGGCGCGGAAGGGUCAGCUCGGGAGGGAGAAUCGAGAGGCUAGGAUUGCUUAUUCUCCUGUUCGGAUUUCGGUGCCGUUUUUUGCGGAGGCUGUUGCUUGCGGGAGGGAGUUUACGGUUGUUUCGGGGCGGGGGCGGUUUGUUGUUCUUGGGGAUAGGGGUAAUCGGUGGUGUAUAUUGAAUAUUCCGGAGAGUUUAUCUUUGCGUGCAGGGCAUGUUGGAGAUCAUUUACAGGAUGAUGAGCAAGGGGAUUAUGGAAGUUGCGGAGGUACUAUUCCUUAUCGCUAUACUGGUAUUCGGGCUAGCUGGCAUGGGGUUUAUGUACAUGCUGCGCCUGAACUGGGACCGGUGGAACCGUCGAUAUCAAACGAGGCGUUAUGCACCAGAUCUCGAUCAGUUGCACAGACUGACUCUGAUUCUGAUUUUGUCGGUGGUUCCAUUGUUGCUUGGGGGCGCAAUGAUCGAGGCCAACUUCCACCGCCAGGUCUUCCGACUCCUGCUAAACUCGCUGUUGGUAGUGAGCAUGCGCUUGCUCUCCUUGGAGAUGGCCGAGUGGCGGCGUUUGGAUGGGGCGAGCAUGGGAACUGUGGGCCUGAUACAGAUUCCCAAGGGAACGUAUCAGGUACAUAUAAUGUGAUUUCGCUCCCUGAAGCUAUGGGCGCGGAUGGGAAGGUCGUCGGGGUUGGGGCGGGGUGUGCGACUAGCUGGAUGAUUGUGACAUGA